GACUGGUUGCUCACACGCUCAGUGCUGGCAGGCGGACGGUGGGCUGAGGUUGUGUUUGCGCGAGGGCCGUGGUGUGUGAGCGCAUGAAGAAAUAACGGGGUCUGAUGGGGCGUAUGUGUGUUGUGUCGGUGUGUACACUCUUUUUGUCGCUGUUAUCCUGGGUGUAAGUUCCGCUGACCCCAUUUUCUGUUCCCUUCACGUUGUACAGUAUUUGUACUAGUCGAGAAGAAAUCGUAGAAGAUCGCAAAAAAAUGGAAGAAAAUCGAUAGUAAUCGAAUAUACAAAUUUUAAUACUUUGUUUUUAAGUUGAUGAAGAGAGUGAAUUGUGAUUUGCUUUUGGACUUCAGUUUUGUAUGAAAAGUGAUAUAAUUUCUUCUGGAAAUAGUACUGUAAAGGUGUUUUACGUCUGGUUCUGUUAAUUUCCUUUUUUGUCAAGACUGCUCUGCUCUGGCAAGUGUUCAGUGGAUGCAGGAACAAUAGGGUCUGCUGUAACUUUACAAGUUCCUCAGAAGUGUAUUGUAGCCGCUGGUUUGCAUAUGAAGCCCUGCGAUUCCUGGAGGAUCGAGUUAAACCACGGCCAAGAAUCGACACGUUUCAGGCCGCAAUUUGGCCUCCAGUGGCGCAAUGGUAGCUGCAGGCGGCACUUGCUUGCACCGUGGAGCGAGUUUAAUGGACGCCGACGCCAAUAUGAAUUGCACCAAACGACGACCAGAGGAGGCAACAAGUAAAAUGGACGUACCUGGCACAAUCACAGCUACAAGCAUACCGAGUGUCACGGCAAAAGGAAACGCAGAGACGGAGGUGCAUGCCACUGAUAAAAUUAACUACGUGCCGAAGUGGCGUUGGCCAGAUCUCGCUGUUCAGCUCUUCAUACACAUUGGCUGCAUCUACGGCUUCUACCUCAUCUUCACAUCCGUCAAGAUGCUCACAACGUUGUGGGCGUUCGUGGUGGUGUACGCGUCAGGUUUCGGGAUCACGGCGGGAGCGCAUAGGCUGUGGUCACAUCGUGCCUACAAAGCGAAGUGGCCAUUGAGGCUACUCCUCGUGACACUGUUCACAGUCUCAGGCCAGCGCCACGUGUAUCAGUGGGCGCUGGACCACCGGGUGCACCACAAGUAUAGCGAGACGAAUGCUGACCCACAUGAUGCCCGCCGCGGUUUCCUGUUCUCACAUGUCGGCUGGUUGGUGCUCACGCCGCAUCCCGAAGUCGAGGAGAAGAGAAAGUCAGUGGACAUGAGCGAUCUGGAGGCAGACCCCAUCGUCAUGUGGCAGAAGCGGUUGUAUGUGCCGCUGUUCGCCAUCUUUGUAAUAGCCAUUCCAGUGCUGGUGCCAUGGUACUACUGGGAUGAGGGUUUGUGGCAGUCCUUCUGGGUUCUCUUCAACUUCCGGUUCUGUGUAACCCUCAACAUUGCCUUCUUCGUGAACAGUAUCGCCCACAUGUGGGGAAACCGACCCUAUGACAAACAUAUCAGCCCAGUGGAGAACUUUGCAGUCUCGAUGGCAGCACUGGGUGAAGGCUGGCACAACUACCAUCAUGUGUUCCCCUACGACUACAAGACAGCUGAGCUGGGCCAUUACUCAUUAAACCUCACCACUGCCUUUAUUGACUUCUUCACAUGGUUGGGCUGGGCCUAUGACUGCAAGACAGUCUCAGAGGAGAUGAUCCGGCGCCGAGUCCACCGUUCUGGUGAUGGCAGCCACAAUUUGUGGGGCUGGGGUGACAGAGACAUCCCAGAGGAGGAUUUGCAUGACUUGGAGACACGCUCACCAUGUAAGGAUCAGUAGCAGUGCUUGGCAACGCCAGCAGCACAGUUCUGUGCAACUGUGUCAUGCCUCACGGAAUCUGUAAUUUGGUAAAUAGUUCUUUAUAGUAUUUGAAUGAGAGACAUUUGUUUAAAUACAGACAGGGCUUUCAUAUAUUUUAGGCCAGUAGUGCAAUUGUCUGCAUCAGUCUGCCUAACAAAAUCUGUAAUUUGAUAUAUACAUGCCAAAUAUUAUGAAGAGCACAUUCUUGUUGUUCUAAAUGUUUGAGAUGAUUGUUUAAUAUUGUCAUUGGAGUAUUUUCUUUCUAUAAUAUAUUUUCUCUGGAUAAAUAAAAUAUAUACCAGACUCAGUA